AUGACAACAGAACUCUUCAAGCGAUUGCAAUCCUAUAAUUUCCAAGAUGACGCCGAAUUCGCAACCGGCCUCGCCAUAAUCCUUGGUCAUCCCGAAACACCCGCCAGCGAGGCGGAGAUGAAUAGGGAAGAUGAUCUUGUCUUGCAGGCAAAAUGCUUUUUCUUCUCACGGAAGGAAAACCUUUCGCCGCCGAUUAGCUUUGCGGCCUAUAAAGCUUGGUUAGCUUCCCCGACUGCGACAGAGCAAGAAUCAGAAUCGAAUUCAAAUACAGCGCUGUCACAGCCACAAUCACAAGAAUCAGCCGAGUCGUCAUUGGAGUCAGGUACUACCGCACCCGCUUCCUCGGAGCCUGCAUAUCCGACUUCUUUCGCGCAUAUCGUGGAAUUGAUCACGACCGGGCAACCGAUUCCGGGAAUAGAAGAGAUUCCGGAUACUGUUUUAGAGGGCCACGACCUUGCCACUGAGAAACCUCGGCGGCGAAAGCCCUGGGAAAAGGACGAUGUGGCCCCGGCCUCGGCCCCGGCGGAUGAAACUGAAACUACAACUGGUGCUGUUUGA